AUGGCGUGUCUGCUGGAGGCCCCUCUCCGCAUCAGCGUGCUGUCUGAAGUCACCGCCACUAGUCGCCAUUAUGUUGACAGACUGUUCGACCCCGACCCACAGAAAGUGCUGCAGGGAGUCAUUGACAUGAAGAAUGCUGUCAUCGGAAACAACAAGCAGAAGGCCAAUCUGAUCGUCCUCGGAGCUGUGCCGAGGUUACUAUACCUUCUCCAGCAGAGCUCGUCCAGUCUGGAGCUGCGGACCGAGUGCGCUGUGGUGCUGGGCAGCUUGGCCAUGGGCACCGAGAACAACAUCAAGUCCCUGGUGGACUGUCACAUCAUCCCCGCUCUUCUCCAAGGUCUCUUGUGUCCAGACCUGAUCUUCAUUGAAGCUUGCCUUCGAUGCCUGAGAACGGUCUUCAUCAGUCCGGUCACUCCUGUGCAGCUGCUCUACACUGACCCCACUGUGAUUCCCCAUCUAAUGUCUCUACUGAGCCGCUCACAGAGAACCCAGGAGUACAUCACACAGAUCUUCUCCCACUGUUUUGAUCAUAUGUUUGUUUGUCUGCAGACUCCGGAGCACCAGACGGUUCUUUUCAACCACGGUGCCAUCCAGAACAUCGCCCCUCUACUUAUCUCACGCUCUUAUAAGGUCCGGAUGCAGGCGUUAAAGUGUUUCUCAGUCCUGGCCUAUGAGAACACUCAGGUCUCCAUGACACUGGUGAAUGUGCUGGUGGAUGGGGAGCUGCUCUCUCAGGUAUUUGUCAGAAUGAUGCAAAGGGAUCAACCCAUUGAAAUGCAGCUAACAGCGGCCAAAUGUUUAACGUACAUGUGUCGAGCGGGUGCAAUUAGGACAGAUGACAGCUGCAUAGUCCUAAAGACCCUGCCGUGCUUGGUGCGGAUGUGUAGUAAAGAGCAUUUGCUCGAGGAGCGGGUGGAGGGUGCAGAGACGUUGGCUUACCUGAUGGAGCCCGAUGUGGAGCUGCAGAGGAUCGCCAGCACCACCGACCACCUGGUGGCCAUGCUGGCCGACUACUUUAAAUACCCCAGCUCUGUGUCCGCCAUCACGGACAUCAAGAGGCUGGACCACGACCUGAAACACGCACACGAGCUGAGACAAGCUGCUUUCAAACUUUACGCCUCACUCGGCUCUAACGACGAGGACAUUCGUAAAAAGAUCACAGAGACGGAGAACAUGAUGGACCGGAUAGUCAGUGGCCUUUCGGAAUCCAGCAUUAAGGUCCGCUUGGCAGCUGUCAGGUGUCUUCACAGUCUUUCACGAUCAGUGCAGCAGCUGAGGACCAGCUUCCACGACCACGCGGUGUGGAAACCCCUCAUGAAGCUGCUCCAGAACGCCCCUGAUGAAGUCUUGGUGAUGGCCUCCUCUACACUAUGCAAUCUACUGUUGGAGUUCUCACCCAGUAAAGAGCCGAUCCUGGAGUCGGGGGUAAUUGAGUUACUAUGCAGUCUGACCCAGAGUGACAGUCCUGCGCUGAGGGUCAAUGGGAUCUGGGCCCUAAUGAACAUGGCGUUUCAGGCAGAUCAGAAGGUGAAGGUGGAGAUUGUCCGAUGUUUGGGUACAGAACAGUUGUUCCGUCUGCUGUCAGACCCCGACACCAACGUGCUGAUGAAGACCCUCGGUUUGCUCCGCAAUCUGCUUUCAACGCGCCCGCACAUCGACCAGAUCAUGAGUUCUCAUGGGAAGCAGAUCAUGCAGGCAGUGACCCUCAUCCUGGAAGCAGAGCACAGUACAGAGGUCAAAGAACAGACGUUGUGCAUCUUAGCCAACAUCGCCGACGGCAACACAGCCAAGGAUCUCAUCAUGACCAAUGACGACAUGCUCCAGAAAAUCAAAUACUACAUGGGUCAUUCAAAUGUGAAACUGCAGCUCGCCGCCACCUUCUGCAUCUCAAACCUGAUCUGGAAUGAGGAGGACGGUUCUCAGGAGCGUCAGGACAAGCUGAGGGAGAUGGGCUUCGUGGACAUCUUGCACAAACUCACCCAGGCCUCCGACUCCAACCUCAGUGACAGGGCGAAGACGGCGAUGCAACAGUACCUGGCAUGACUACAGAGGGGAGGGGUCCUCUACUGCCAGCCUAACUAACAAUCGUCUGGACGGGACGGCGUUGGUUCUUUUUGUCUUGAUGCACAAAGACACCUUUUGUUUGUUUUUUUUUGGACCUGUGGCUGGCGUCCGUUCACCUCCAACCCACCGUCCGACACCACCACCUCAAACGUUCUGCUCGCUCCAGACCUCUCGUUUUGGAGAAUCUGAGAAUGUGGUUGUUGGGAAAUCAACGGUUAGGAGGGUUUCACUUGUUUUCCUUCUUCUCCUUCCUGCAAGGAUGAAGUUAAAUUUUUCCUUUUGAGACUUUGCGAUUUAAGAAUUGCCUUUUUUUUUUUCCAUUGGAGAGCAGCAGCCGGACACCAGCGCCGCCUCGGUGCUUUUGGACUCCUGAUUCUGGAGACGCGGGUCUCAGAGAAACCGGACUACAAGGUUUGACACAUGAGCACGGCUGUCGGACAGCAAGGCUUCCCAGUUUUAUUUUUUUUUUAAUUUUUAACUAAUAAUAUUAAUAUUA